AUGCCAAUGAUGCCCAAAACGGACCGCCUGCAAGCUCUGCUUGACUUUACUCGCCAGGCCAAUGAGGUCGAGCAACAUCGCGUCUCGCUCGAGACCUUCCUCGCUGAUCUUCAGCAAGAACGUAAAGACCUCGAUGAGGCACAGCUGAAGCAGAUUCAGCUUACCAUCUACCAAACGCUCCUGAGUCUAUUCGAGACCAAUGAUUCGAUCUCGAAGACCACUCAAACCUCCACAAAGACAGCGUCAUGUGCGAUGCAGACCGACGCGGCGACAGACUCCCUUUGGGAUCUAUUGCCUAAAGCUCGUGACGAAGCCUACGAGCGUGGACUUGACGCCGGAAAAGACGCCGGACACAUCCAAGGAAUCCAGGAGGGCCGCAGCGCCGGUAUGACAGAAGGCCUGGCUAUCGGGUUCAAGCAGGGCCAAAUGGAGGGCUUGAAUACAGGGUUGGAGCAGAGCAAGGAAGUCGACAUGCAACGCAGCAUCGAGAUGGAAAGAAAACUCAGCUAUGCUGAUGGCCUCGCUGAGCGCCUGAGACAAGCCAAAGAGAAGAUGAAGAAGCUGGACGAAGAAGACACCAGCAGGCAUAUGUCACAGGCACAGGCGACUCGAGAGAAAAUCAUGGCGAAGCUACCUUCAAGGUUGCCCGCAAUUGUCCCCAGGGAGGAGAACGAAGAAGAAGUCAAACCCAAGCACAAGCCCAAGCCUAAGCCUAAGCUCAAGCCGACGACCAAUGGUGUCGAUCCAUUUGCAUCGCUUUUCAAUCUGGCGCGCAAGAAGUAG